AUGUCGACCGCAACAACGACGACGAUCCAGAGCUCUCGCCCUCCCAUCGUCCCCAAAGACUUCUCCGCCCAGCAACCACAAACGAUCCGUCUAUAUCCUCUCUCGAACUACACUUUUGGGACUAAGGAAACGCAACCAGAGGAAGAUCCCUCGGUACUGGCCCGCCUGAAACGCCUCGAAGAGCACUAUGAGAAAUAUGGCAUGAGACGUACUUGCGAGGGUGUGCUUGUCUGCCAUGAACAUAACCAUCCCCACGUACUCAUGUUGCAGAUUGCAAAUGCCUUCUUCAAGCUACCUGGUGAUUACCUGCCCUUCGAAGAUGACGAGGUCGAAGGUUUCAAGAAGAGGCUCAACGAGCGCCUUGCGCCCGUCGGAUCGCAGUUCUCGGGCGAGGGGGUCAACGAGGAUUGGGAAAUUGGUGACACGCUCGCGCAGUGGUGGCGGCCGAACUUCGAAACGUUCAUGUACCCGUUUCUCCCUGGACAUGUUACUCGACCCAAGGAGUGCAAGAAGCUGUACUUCAUUCAGCUGCCCAAGAAGAGUGAGUCUCACCCGACUGCCCGCGCCCGAAUCUCACUUUCAUCAACGGUGGCUCAUUCAUCUAUUUUAGAGGUCCUCUCCGUUCCGAAGAACAUGAAGCUUCUCGCCGUGCCGCUGUUUGAAUUGUACGACAACACUGCGCGGUACGGACCGCAACUAUCGGCCAUUCCGCACCUGCUGUCCCGGUACAACUUUGAGUUUGUGGAUGAGAAUGACAAUGUGGUGGCCGCGACGCCAGGUACACCCUUGCCGGAUGGCCAGGUGCUCCGGACUAAGGUGCUGGCGGGUGACAGCGGCGAUGGGCAGGACGAGGGAAUGGCGGACUACACCCCUGAAGGUGGGGAGAAUGGCAUAGUCGCUGCGUGACAGUCCCUGGGAUUCCGAGGCUCACCUCA